GACUCCGAGCGAAGCACGAGAGGACGGAUGUCGGAGAUGCAGCACGUGGUGAAGGUCGAGGACGGCGGCCCGGCCGCCGACGGCCGGCCCUCCGUCGGGCCCACCUACCGCAGCGCCUUCGCCCGCGACGGCUUCCCGGCCCCCGUCCCCGGCCUCGACAGCUGCUACGACAUCUUCCGAAUGGCCGUGGAGAAGUAUCCAGACAACAAAAUGCUUGGCCGCCGUGCGAUCGUUGACGGGAAGGCUGGUGCAUACGAAUGGAAGACAUAUAAGGAGGUGUUUGGCAUUGCGAGCAAAAUUGGUAACUCUAUUAGGAGCUGUGGACUCACGAAGGGUGGCCGUUGUGGUAUAUAUGGUGCUAAUAGUCCUGAAUGGAUUAUCACGAUGGAGGCUUGCAAUGCCCAUGGAAUCUACUGUGUUCCAUUAUAUGACACUCUUGGGGCUGGUGCGAUAGAGUUUAUUUUGUGCCAUGCAGAAGUUGAAAUUGCUUUUGCAGAAGAGAAGAAAGUUGAUGAGCUCUUGAAGACAUUUCCCAAGUCAACCGAGUUCUUGAAAACUAUUGUGAGUUUUGGCAACGUGACUCAAGAACAAAAGGAAGAAGUUUCCAAGUGUGGGCUGUCAAUAUACUCAUGGAAUGAGUUCCUUUCUUUGGCAGGUGACCAAGAAUUUGAUCUUCCAGUGAAGCAAAGGACAGAUAUAUGUACUAUAAUGUAUACUAGUGGAACUACUGGUGAUCCCAAAGGUGUGCUGAUCUCCAAUGCGAGCAUUAUCUGUCUCAUCGCAGGUGUAGACCGUCUGCUUAACUCUGUAAAUGAGCGGCUGGAGGAAACCGAUGUUUACAUGUCUUACCUUCCUCUUGCUCAUAUCUUUGACCGAGUUGUGGAAGAGCUGUUUAUGUUCCAUGGUGCAUCUAUUGGAUUUUGGCGUGGGGAUGUUAAGUUACUGGUUGAGGAUAUUGGGACACUGAAACCAACUAUCUUAUGUGCUGUUCCACGUGUUCUUGAUCGGAUAUUUUCUGGGCUUCAAGCUAAAAUUUCAGCUGGUGGUUUCAUAAAGAGCACAAUGUUCAAUCUUGCAUACAAAUUCAAGCAAUUUAGAAUGAUGAGGGGAGCUAAGCACACUGAAGCUGCUGCAAUAUGUGACAAAGUAGUUUUCAGUAAGGUGAAAGAAGGUCUUGGAGGAAAUGUUCGUGUUAUUUUAUCUGGAGCGGCCCCACUUGCCACUCAUGUGGAAGAAUACCUGCGUGUGGUGACAUGCGCACAUGUUUUACAAGGAUACGGUCUCACGGAAACAUGUGCUGGAUCCUUUGUCUCGCUACCAAAUCAGAUGUCCAUGAUAGGGACUGUUGGUCCUCCAGUGCCAAAUAUUGAUGCCCGUCUCGAAUCUGUCCCUGAAAUGAAUUAUGAUGCACUUGCAAGCACACCCCGUGGAGAAAUCUGCAUCAAGGGAGAAACAUUAUUCUCAGGGUACUACAGGCGUGAAGACCUUACGCAGGAGGUUUUGGUUGAUGGAUGGUUCCAUACAGGAGACAUUGGUGAGUGGCAACCUGAUGGAAGUAUGAAAAUCAUAGAUCGCAAAAAGAACAUCUUCAAGCUUUCACAAGGAGAAUAUGUGGCAGUUGAAAAUUUGGAGAACAUUUACGGUGUCGUUUCUGCUAUAGACUCGAUAUGGGUAUAUGGCAAUAGUUUCGAGUCAUUCCUUGUUGCCGUAGUCAAUCCUAACAUGGAAGCUCUUGAGAGCUGGGCCGAGGCAAAUGGAAUCAGUGGUGAUUUUGAGGCACUGUGUGAGAAUCCAAAAGCAAAAGAGUACAUUUUGGCAGAACUUUCAAAAACAGGAAAAGAGAAGAAGCUCAAAGGUUUUGAAUUCAUAAGGGCUGUACAUCUUGACCCAGUUCCGUUUGACAUGGAACGCGACUUGAUCACUCCAACAUAUAAAAGGAAGCGACCACAAUUGCUCAAGUACUACCAGGGCGCGAUCGACAACAUGUACAAAAGUGCUAAAUGAGCUUGUCACUCCUUCUAAAAGAACACUUAAAAUCAGGAGUAUCAGCACUGAAGGAUCCGACAGAAGAACCAAACCCAAAAGUGCUACGUUAUGUUGUGUAUAUAUUCAUAUUUUGGAUGGAAGAAUGAUGUAGCAGCCUUUUAGAAAAUUUCGUUGCCGUAUGUGGCCAAGUGGUUAAUGCACUAGCAUGCAGGCAGACACUUCCAGUUGUUUGAGCUCUGGAACUGCCAUAUUUUUCAGUGACUGACUAGCAGCUGAAAAACAUGUUCCGAGUAAAUUUUAAAGGUUUCGAUGCUCA